AUGCCGAAUAUGGCCCCGAGAAGAACGCAGCAGGUGGGGGUGGGGCCUUUCACAAAGCAAGCCUACAUCUUCAAGGUGGUUCUGCUGGGGAGCGCGGCUGUGGGAAAGUCAAGCACAGCCUUCCUCCGUGUGAAAAAUGACGUCAGGGAAUCUGUGCUCACUGUGGGAUGUUCUUUCUUCACCCAGCUGGUAUGUCUUCAGACUGCCACGAUCAAACUUGAGAUCUGGGACACUGCAGGACAAGAGAAGUACCAUAGUGUUUGCCACUUUUAUUACAGGGGGGCAAAAGCUGCCCUUCUUGUAUAUGACAUAGCCAGAAAGGCAACUUUUGCAAGAGCAAAGCUAUGGUUGAGGGAAUUAGAGAAGGCAUUUCUUCCCGAUGAGCUCAUGAUUGUUUUAGUGGGCAAUAAGACAGAUCUUACUGCUCAGCGGGAAGUCACCUUUGAGGAGGCAGAGGAGUUUGCAAAGAGCAAAAGCUUAAUUUACAUCGAAACAUUCGCAAAAUCCAACCACCAAGUGACCGAGGUGUUUAUGGCCACAGCUCCUGAGCUACUGAAACAGGAACAACAGAAGGAACCAGCCCUUCAGCCUCAGCCCUGGAAGAAGUCACGCGUGGAUCUGCGAGAGCCAACCAAUCAGACUAAGAAGUGUUGCAUGAACUAA